GCGCGAUGAGAACGCAGACGACGAGGAUGAUCAUGAGGACCGCGAGCGUGCUCACGACACCUGCGAUGACGCCGACGUUUUUGGUGCUCGCGCGAGACGAGUCAUUGGUGCGCGGUGCGCUGCUGCCGGUUGCGCUGCCGAUGUCGGCUGAGGUGGGGCUGGGGCUGGGGGUGAGGCUGCUCAGCUCGAAAGUCGAGCUGGGGACGACUUUGAAGAUGCUGCCGACCGACGUGGCGGAUGAGCUCGUCGCUGAGACAGUCGCGGACGGCGUCUCCGUGAUGGAAUCGGACGAGGCAACGGAUGGCUGGACAGUCGAAUCUGGGGCAGGGCUUUCGGUGACGGACGGCGGACCCGCUGUGGUCGUGGGCGACGAGAAUAUCUGCGCAAAUGGCGAGGGAGCGGAAGUGGAAAACGCAGAAAACGCGGAAGAUGGGGACAGGGACGGAAAUGGAGAUGAGGUCGUCGCAGAGCUUGAGGUAGUCGAGAAGGUCGUUGAAGCCGGAGGCUCGGAAGUGAUAGUCGACAGGCUACUGGAGUCAGUAGUGAGGACGGUCGAUGAAGUUAGUGAUAAGCUUGAGAAGUCGGUGAAGGAAGCUGAGGAAGCCGAUGAGCCCAAAGAAAAUGAAGAAGCGGAUGAAGCUACGGAAGUCGAUGGAGAGGCCGAAAAGGAGGCGGAAGUAUCGACUGAAGUCGAGGAUGACGGUGCUGAUGUAGUCGCUGAUGUAGCCGAAAGACUCUGAGAACCACUAUCCGAGGUGGACACGCUUUGAUUAUCAUCAACGGUCGGUACUGGC